AUGACGACAGAAUCCAUUACUGGUUCUACUGUUAAUGAGCAACGUUGGGUCAAUGAAACUAUAAGAGCCUUUAAAUCAGAAUUGAGAGUUGAUAUUGAACCUACACCUUGUGUUUUUCAAGUUCCAAAAACACUUACUGAAACUAAGCCUCAAGCUUAUAACCCUCAGAAAAUAAGCCUCGGACCAUACCAUCACUUCCGGCCGGAGUUAUUAGUCACUGAGAGGCACAAGCUAACCAUAGCCAAAAGUUGCUUGAAUGAUCACGAGGUCCAACAUUUUGCAGAAGAAGUUAUCGAUAAGCUGAGCUCAGUCGUGCCAGUUAUUCGCGGGUACUAUGAUAAGUACUCGGAUAUUGAAGGCAUAACAUUAGCAUGGAUUUUGAGCAUUGAUUCUCUCUACUUGUUGCAUUUAUUGAGCAGUUAUGUUCCACGUAAAGAAGUUGAUGCUGAACAAAGAAAGUUGGCUCAAGAUGUUAUGAUGCUAGAGAAUCAAAUCCCAUCUUUCGUGCUGAUUGAAACCGAAAAGGCUAUCAAUCAAUCUUAUAACAAUUUAUUUACAGAGCUGUUCUACUUCUGUAAGGCACAUUCUCCCCUCAAAUUGACAAAUCAAAACAUAUUCCGUAGCUUCAAUAGUCCCCAUUUGCUGGCUUAUUUGCACCAUUUGAUCAUCGAAUCAGAUGAUACAAAUGUGUCUUAUGAAGAUUUUUGCGGCGUCGAGGAGACUGCUGCUAGUUUCGGCCUUAUAAGUUUCAUUACCGGUUUGCCAUGGGAUCACAUCAAAGUUUUGUUCAAGAAGAAGGACAACAAAAAGAAGCCUUUAGUAGAUGAGAUUAAAAUCUCAUCAGUGACACAACUAAACGAAACUGCUAAAAUAAAUUUUAAGCUCACAGAAGGAGGCAUCAAGGAUAUUAAAUUUGUCGAGGAGGAAGGUGGUGAACGCGCGUUUUAUCUUCCUGAGAUCACUUUGAAUUCUGAUUCUGAAGUGAUAUUGAGAAACUUAGUAGCAUAA